UAGAAGAGAAAAAAGAACAUUAAAAUAUUAAAAAAACACAGGAAACAGAAAAGGAAAAGGAAGUUAACACCUCAUAAAAAAAAAAUUUGUCGUGAAGGAAAGUUGAAGAAUAAGAAAAUAACUGGACACUGGAAUUCUCGUAAAAAUGUCAGGUUCAAGCGAAAUGCGACAGAAUUGUGAGUGCGUGACAGUAUUUGAGCGUCGUAAUGAAAAGCCGAAGAAAUAACGAUAACAAUAACAAAAGUAUCGCAGCAACAGGAUCCCCAAGGAUGAAGAGCGAAGGGAGGCGAUGAAGAAUAAUGAAUAAUGCCCACAACCAAAGUAAAAAUGGAAGAAAACACCAAGAAAGGACGAAUAAUGAAUGGGAAGCUCUAAUUUUUCAACACCUGGAGAGAAAAACACAUACCUACAGAAAAGCGACCGCAAAGUGCUGAUGAUGACAAUGAUGACGUCACGAGCAGCGGAGAUCUGGGCCUGUCACGUGAUCUUCCUACUGUUUCUGACACUGAGGGCAGGUGAAGCCCUUAGGAUUUCAGGUAUGGAGGUUCCCAGAGUGGUGGUGUCCGGGUCCUCGGUGCAGCUGGUGUGUAACUACGAAUACAACAGAGAGAGGGAGGACCCGCUGUAUUCCGUUAAGUGGUACAGGAACGUGAAUCAGUUUUAUGAGUAUAUACCGAAGAGGGAGCCCCAAGUCAGAGUGUAUCCGCUUCCCAACCUUAAUGUGGAUGAGAGAGGCAGCACGCAGGCCACGGUUCUCCUGAAGGGCGUAACGCGGGCCUCCUCAGGGACCUUCCGUUGUGAAGUGAUGGGGGACAAGCCCUUAUUUGAGACUGAUGAUAAGGCGAAGAAUAUGACAGUCGUGGACAUACCAGCAUGGGGACCUGAACUGACGGGCGUGAUACACAAAGGCAUAGGCGGUGUGGGCGAGAUGGGCGGCGGAGGGCGUGGAGAGCAAGCAACGCGGGAGGAUGUCACUCAAGGCUCCAGAGUUCGUCCAGGUGAUGUUAUGUCCGUCAGAUGUCUCUUAGGCCACUCUGACCCCCAAGCUGUGGUCACCUGGCUGGUUAAUUCACGUCCCCCUCCGCCCCCCCACACACACCUCCGGGUCCUCACCAACAGCGACGAGGAGAACGGCCAACGCAUCCAGAUUUCGGAGCUUGAGGCGGUGGUGACGGAGGCUUGGUUCGUACGGGGCGCCCUCUCCCUGACCUGCCACGCUCGUGUUUCUACCGUCUACCACAGCAACGCCACCAUCACGCUACUUCACGCCGACCAUCCGAAGCCAGCCGGGUUUGGAUGGUUCUCCGCGGCUUCCACCCCACAAGACUCCCUACUGCUGCAUCUACUUCUCCCGCUGCUGUUCCUGCUGUGACGCCGCUGUGGUGGUGGUGGCGGUGGUGGUGGUGGUGGCGGUGGUGGUGGUGGUGGUGGUGGUGGUG